AUGGACAACAGCCAAAACAGCAGACAGGCUUCGCAGCUGAUUGCGGGAUUCGCCUCGCCAUCAACUCCUUCCGGGGCACGGAACAGUAUGCGACACUCAAACAAUAUGCGCCAUUCCUCUCGCUUGAUGCAAUCUCAAAUGCCGUCCCACCAACCUCACGACACAGAAAAAGAAGAACUGCGUGUACAGCUUAGUACUGUGAAGUACGAGCUUGAGAACAUCAAACAGGAACGAGAGCUAGAGGCGCUUCGACACGAAAAAGAGCUCCGAGAUCUACAAAUGAAGGCCGAUACAGACUUCAGAAAGGCCCAGACCGCCGAAUCCUCCAGCAACCGCGCGAACCACAAAAGUGAAGCCUUGGCGAAAGAGCUCAAAGAAAUGCAGGACCAAGCUUUGAAUGAUAAACUCGGAUUCGAGAAGAAAAUUCGAGUGCUUCAGGAUCAGAACCAGAAUUUACAGGAAGAGUUCGAUGACAACCAAGCACAGCUCUCUGAUCAAGAGCGGCAGUUCAAAUAUCAAAUCAAUGAGCUGGAAACGGUUCGCGCAUCAUUGCAAAAGACGAUCGAAGAGUUCCAGACCGACCUGCAAAACACUAGAGUCCUCCACGAAUCAACACAGUCCAAGCUGACUCAGCGUGAGGGUGAGGUCGCUGAACUUGAAGCCGAGAAUAUUCGCUUGAAGGCUGAAGGAACCGAUGCUGAGGCCCUCACGGUAUUGAAGAGGGAGCUUUCCGAACAAGUCAACCACAUCCGGGAUCUCGAAAUAACCAACCGCGAUCAAACCGCGGAGUUGCGCCACCUUCGAAAGAUCUCGAAGAACGUCGAGGUUGUUGAAGAACAGAAGAAGUCAGUGGAAAAUCAGCUGCAGCUGAUGAAGGGUGUCGAGGCUGAACUCAACACACUCCAAAUCCAAAAACAGAUUUUGGAGGACGAGCGUGCAUCUUGGGCCACUUUACUACAGGAGAACGAUCAACCCGCAGAGUUUGAUUCUCCAGACGCUAUCGUGAGAGCGCUGGUUGAGAGUCGCAUUGAGAUUGCCACACUGAUGGAUCGUCUUGGAAGUGUUGAUGCCAACAUCCUGGAGAAGGAAGAGGCUAUCAAGAGCCUUGAAAACGACAAGACUUCUCUGCGACAAGAGCUCGAUACUCUCCGGGCUGCAAGUGCAGUGUCUACAGGAGGCCAGGGUGCUGCGGACGCCCGACUCCGCGCCCGACUGGAGCGCCAGCGCGCACUCGCUGUAAAGGAGGUCGAAUAUUUGCGCGACCAACUGAAGACAUUUGACGCGGAAGAAGUCACGAUGAACGGCGACCAGACCCAAUUCGACGAGCAAAAAUCAUUGCAGAUUACCCAACUCCAGGGUUUAGUCGAUGAGUACCGCGUCGAGAUCAAGAACCUCCACGACCAGCUCUCUCAGCAGGAGGAACCAAAGCAGGAUCAGCCCAAACAACAGGGUGUCAAGCGGCCUCUGUCACCGGCCGAUAGCGAAGCUGAAAGCGAGCGCCUCGCCGUUCUCAGCCGCAAGAACCGCAAGCUUCAAGAGGGAAUCACGAAAUCUGAACAAGCCACCACUCUCGCACGCCGGGAGCUCGAAGCUGCAAAGUCACAAAUCAAAUCACUCAAGUCGAAGUCGCGGACCCGGGUCCUUGAAAUGCGUGAUAACCCAACGGCGCAGGUCGAGCAGAUCAAGAUGACAACCCUGAAAACCCUGCAGUCUGAGAAUCGUGAUCUUCUUGCCCAGUUGCGCGGUGAACGUGUCAAUGCCAAGGUUGUCUCUAUCAAUGCCAUCGACAGCAUCAAACUCGAAAUGCAAGAGAUGGAGCGUGGCAUUGCAGAUAAGGAAAAGCGAAUGCGACGACUUAAAGAGAUUUGGACGGCGAAAUCGUCUGAGUUCCGCGAAGCCGUUGCUUCCCUUCUUGGCUACAAGCUUGAUUUCAUGCCCAAUGGCCGUGUUCGUGUCAUUUCCAUGUUCCACCUCUCCUCCGCAUACAGACAUGGUGACAGCGACGAUCCAUCAGACUCCGGCCCUGGAAGUAUGGGUAAUGGAGAAGAAAACUCGAUCGUGUUUGAUGGAGAGACUGGCACAAUGAAGAUUUCUGGUGGCCCGAACAGUCUGUUUGCCAUGGAGAUCAAGCCUCUCAUCAAGUUUUGGGUCGAGGAAAGAAAGGAUAUCCCUUGUUUCCUGGCAGCCAUGACCUUGGACUUUUACGAUAAGACAACCCGCGCUGCUAGGAUCUGA